AAUCUAUUUUUCUCCGGUUGAUGAUACACACACGAACUCUCUAUAUAAAGCCAUUACUCAAUACCUAAUCAAUUACAGAUAGAGAGAAAAGUUUAAAACAAUUACAAACUACUGCAAAAGUAAAGAAGCAAAGAAAAUAAAAAUAUAUUCUUGAAUCAAUGGAGGAAUCAAAAGUGCCUCACGUUGCGAUCAUUCCGAGUCCUGGAAUGGGUCACCUCAUCCCACUCGUGCAGUUUGCUAAACGACUCGUUCACCGCCACGGCGUAACCAUAACCUUUGUCGUCGUCGGCGAUGGUCCACCGACAAAAGCUCAGAGAACUGUCCUUGACUCUCUUCCUCCUUCUAUAUCCUCCGUCUUCCUCGCUCCCGCCGACCUCACCGACCUCCCUCCGACAACUCGCAUCGAAACUCGGAUCUCCCUCACCGUGACUCGUUCGAACCCGGAGCUCCGGCGAGUCUUUGACUCGUUCGCGGCGGAAGGUCGUUUGCCGACAGCGCUAUUUGUCGACCUUUUCGGCACGGACGCUUUCGACGUCGCCGCCGAGUUCAACGUGUUGCCGUAUAUUUUCUUCCCGACAACGGCAAACGUCUUGUCGUUUUUUCUUCAUUUCCCUAAACUUAAUGAAACGAUGUCGUGUCCUUUCAGCGAAUUAACCGAACUGGUUAAUCUCCCCGGAUGUGUACCGGUCUCCGGGAAAGAUGUUCUUGAUCCGGCUCAAGACCGGAAUGAUGACGCGUACAAAUGGCUUCUCCAUAACACCAAGAGGUACAAAGAAGCCGAAGGAAUUCUUGUGAAUACUUUUCUCGAGCUGGAGCCAAAUGCUAUAAAGGCCUUGCAAGAACCGGGUCUUGAUAAACCACCGGUUUAUCCAAUUGGACCAUUGGUUAACGUUGGUAAGCAAGAGAGUAGUAACGGGAUCGAAGAAGAGUCCGAAUGUUUAAAGUGGUUAGAUAACCAACCGCUCGGUUCGGUUUUGUAUGUGUCGUUUGGUAGUGGUGGUGCACUCACAUGCGAGCAGUUCGAUGAGCUUGCUCAUGGUCUUGCAGACAGCGAGCAACGGUUUCUUUGGGUCAUACGGAGUCCAAGUCAAAUAGCUGAUGCUUCGUUUUUCAAUCCGCAUAGCCAAAACGAUCCGUUAACAUUUUUACCACCAGGAUUUUUAGAACGGACUAAAGGUAGAGGUUUUGUGAUCCCUUCAUGGGCUCCACAAGCCCAAAUUCUAGCACAUCCAUCUACCGGAGGGUUUUUAACCCAUUGUGGAUGGAACUCAACUCUAGAAAGUAUAGUAAGUGGUGUUCCACUCAUAGCAUGGCCAUUAUACGCCGAACAGAGGAUGAAUGCGGUUUUGUUGGCAGAAGAUAUCCAUGUUGCACUUAGGGCGCAUGCAGGGGAGGAUGGGAUGGUGAGAAGAGAAGAGGUGGCUAGAGUGGUUAAGGGAUUAAUGGAAGGUGAAGAAGGCAAAGGUGUGAGGAACAAGAUGAAGGAAAUGAAGGAAGGAGCUAGUAGGGUGCUGAAUGAUACUGGGACUUCUACAAAGGCACUUAAUCUUGUGACAUUUAAGUGGAAAGCCCACCAAAGAGAGCUAAAGCAAAAUGGCAACCACUGAAUAUAUAUGUAUGCGUCUAAUAUAUGAUGAUGAUUUGUAUAAUCAAACGGUGUGAUAUGUGCAAAAUGUGUUUUGUGUAUGAAUGUUACUUUUUUUUUGCUGCUUUUAUGUGAUCAACUUUUAUUUGUA